AAAGGAAGCUUGUACUUUUUUGCUUGUCAUUUUCUCACACUGUAAACUUACAGAUAAAUGACAGUCAUGUGUCAUCUCUUGAGGUUAUUUUUUUCUUUCUUAUUUGUGGUAUGUGGUUGUGUGAGAGGAAUUGACAGGAAGUGAGCACAAAGUGUGAGUUGGUGGAGGAUGUGAAGCUUAUUUUCUUUUUCUCAAAUAAAAUGGGGUUUCAUUUCUUGAGUGAAACAAUGAGGUGUCCUCAGUGAUGACCAAAGAAUAUUGUUCCUAAUCUAUGGGGAAAUUUACUCUACAAAAAAAAAACCCACGACGUCAUCGCUGUCAGUUAGCAGGAACUCACCAUCUUCCUGUUUUAACUUGCUGCUGUGCCUCCACGAUGUUGAGACCAACGUUCGUCUUCCUAAUUCUCAAAGUGGCUCUGACUCGUGCUGCUGAAGUCAUCGUGUACCGCGGGGAAACCGCCGUCUUGCCCUCGAGAGCAGACCCAGCGUGGACUCUCGAGACAAUUGAGUGGUCGACGUUCGGCAACGACACCCACAUUGCCACCUAUCGCAAGACAGUCAUGAACUUGAACCGCACGAGGCAGUUUCGCGGAAGACUCGGUCUCAACAUCUCCACAGGUGACUUAACAAUUUAUAAUGUGACCGAACAAGACGCCAUGGAAUACAGUGUGCGCCUCAAGAACACAUUGAAAGAAAACGCAAUAAACAGUAACCAGCUCACAGUUCGAAAGCGCCUUCGUAAACCGUCCGUGGAGAAACACGUGAGCCUAUACGAAGAGGGACGCUGCACUGUGACGCUGACGUGCUCGUCUCUGGAUGAGGGUGUGGACUUCUCCUGGGAGGUGAAGCCUCCACUGACCGACGUGUGGUCUGAUAAAAAGUCGGGGGUCCUCGUAGCACUUCUCCGCAACAGAACGAGUGACGUGGAAUUCACCUGCACCAGCAACAGAACUGGGGAGAGGACUUCAAGCGCUGUCACUCUAAAAUGUGAAAAUCCGCCUCUCCCGAAGAACUACAAUUGCAGAUAUGGCGUUUGUGUUGUCGUCGCACUGAUUGUGGGCUUCUGCACAGCUCUCGUGAUUCAAAGCAAAACAGUCAAAAAAGCGUUCAACUACCUUAAAGGCAAAUGUGUCCGAAAAGCAUAAAAGCAAGAUAACGCAGAGACAUCGAAUCCAGAAUGACACCAUGAAUACCAUCUAUACUUUUUAUAAACAUUGCACAAAACACAAGAAAAUACACACACAUAUGUAUGUAUAUACAUAUAUAUAUAUAUACGAAAAUACAGUUUACGAGAGUGAACCUGGUUUAACGUGGCUGACUUUGUAUAUUUGCAGAUUCACAACACUGUCUGAUUCUGAGAAUAUAUAUAGUUAAAAAUUAAAUACACAUGACACAAGAA